AUGGCAGCGGACGCUCUCGGUGCUAUUUUCCUAAUCAUUAUUACAAUCUUUAUUCCGCCGCUGGGUGUCUUCUUCAUUAGCGGAUGCUCCCCAGACCUCCUCAUUAAUAUUUGUCUCACACUACUUGGAUAUUUCCCGGGCCACAUCCACGCCUUCUACUGCGAGUACAUCUACUACGACCGGCGCGCAAGGGGCCAUCAAGGGCGGCUAGCCUGUGCCCGCGCCCCGGGCAUUUUCUCAGAGCGCAUUCAAAAUGGUGGCGACAUGACAACUGAAUACUAUUACCCUGCCCCGCCUGCUCAGACACCAGCAGCGCCAGCCACACCAUAUUCAGGCUCCCAAGUACCCCCAAGACAACAGUCGGGGUGGGCACGGUAA